CUGGCGCAUGAGUGAGUGGGAGAUUCAAUCGAGAAAGCGGAAGGUGUAGCGGACGACGGGAGAAAAAUGGACUCAGUCUGGACUGGCAGCCUUUCGAAACACUCAGUUUAGGCCCUUCGAUCAGAAUUACAAUCUGUUGGUCCCGCGUUUGCAGCAAACGGGAAAAUAUCUGCGGGCCUCAGGCGGUCAAAGACCCUGGCUUACUGCGGCCAUUUUUAUUGGGGGCAAGGAUAUCGAUUGAGAAUAGUUUGCAGACCGGGAUCUCAAAACAAGUUCUGACAGACAGCAGGAUAUGAAUAUCGUUGGCACUUAACUGUGGAAAUAACAAGGUUGAUUGAAGAAAAAAAAACACAUCCAAAUCCAACAGUCACUCUGUUCAUGAUAAUUUCAAGAUUUUGAACAUUGAAGGAAAAAGCACCAUUCACACUGGGGAGAAACACAAAUCAUCUGUGUGUGGAAGAGUCAGUGAAAAUUCAUCUGAAAUGCCCCAACGCCAGCGUAGUCACACUGGGGAGAGACUUUGGAAAUGUGGGGAUUGUGGGAAGGGAUUUCUUUACCAAUCCCAGCUGAAAACUCACCAACGCAGUCACACUGGGGAGAAGCCAUAUACCUGCUCUGAUUGUGGGAAGGGAUUCUCUCGGUCAUCCAAACUGCUGAUACACCAGCGAGUUCACACUGGGGAAAGACCAUUCACCUGCUCUGAUUGUGGGAAAAAAUUCACUCAGUCAUCCGAACUGCUCAGACACCAGCGAAUUCACACUGGGGAGAAACCAUUCACCUGUUUUGAGUGUGGGAAGGGAUUCUCUCAGUCAUCCAACCUACUGAUACAUCAGCGAGUUCACACUGGGGAGAGACCAUUCUCGUGUUCUGAGUGUGGGAAAGCAUUCACUCAGGCAACUCAUCUGCUGACCCACCAGCGAAUUCACACUGGGCAGAGGCCAUUUGCCUGUUCUGAGUGUGGGAAAGGAUUCACUUGCUCAUCUCAUCUAUUGAUACACCGGCGAACUCACACUGGGGAGAAACCAUUCACCUGUUUUGUGUGUGGGAAGGCAUUCCCACAGUCAUCCAACCUACUGACACACCAGCGAAUUCACACUAGAGAGAGACCAUUCACCUGUUCUGAGUGUGGGAAAGCAUUCACUCAAGCAAUUCACUUGCUGACACAUCAGCAGGUUCAUACUGGGAAGAAACCAUCCACCUGUUCAGAGUGCGGGAAGGGAUUCACUCAAUCAUCCAGCCUGCUGAGACACCAGCAAAUUCACAAAUAACCAACUGAAGGAUUUUGCUUUCACUCACAUCAAGGAAUGAACUGUGGUCUUUGGAUCAUUUAUACUGAUGUUGUUCAUUCCUGCUCAAUAAAAGCU